GUGUAUUUCAGCUGUGGCCCUUUAAACUCAGCGGAAUCUAAAAAGAACACAAAUGUUCAAACCCUCCGUCCUUAGACGUCUUUUUUAAAAGCCAUGUCUCAGCUGCAGGCCUGCUCUCCUCCGGACACCCCCCUCCGCCGCCUGCUCCCCGGACAGUGAGCCCCCGCAGCCCCGGACCCGGCCACCGUCACGCAGCUGUCAGUCAGCAGCAGGCUAAGCUAAUCGGCUAACCCGGGGCCGCGUCAACCGUAUGCCCGCACUGACGCACGUUGCACCGGGGACAGAGCUCCGCAGACAGCGACCAGCGUCGGCCCAGCAGCCCCAGUGACGAGCCGGGGACAUGGACAAGGCCGAGGCGGACCGGCUGAUAGAGAAGGCCAAGCUGUGUCUGCGGUCGGGCCGGAAGGACAAGGCGCUGCAGCUGCUGCACGAAGCCCAGAAUAUAUACCCCAGCACCCGGGCCAGAGUGUUGAUAGAUGCCAUAGUAAGGAAUGGAAGCAGUGAAGCCCCCGAAACGAACCACGUGCCCCCCCCAUCAGGCUGGAGAGACGAAGACAUCAGAAACGGUGAAACGAGUGGUGACGAAAAGAAGACCUACACCGAGGAUCAGCGGCAGGGCGUUCUCAGGAUAAAGAAUUGCAAGGAUUUUUAUGAAAUCCUUGGUGUUACCAAAAAUGCCAGCGAUGAAGAUUUGAAGAAGGCGUACAGGAAGUUGGCCCUCAAGUUUCACCCUGACAAGAACUUCGCCCCAGGAGCCACAGAAUCUUUCAAAGCAAUAGGAAAUGCAUAUGCAGUACUGAGCAAUCCAGAGAAGAGGCAACAGUAUGAUCAGUAUGGAGACCAGUCUGCAGCUUCAGCGCCCCAGCCGUCCAGCCACAGUCGCCACGGACACUACCGAAGCUUCAACAGAGACUUUGAGGCCGACAUCUCCCCAGAGGAGCUCUUUAACAUUUUCUUUGGAGGCAGGUUUCCCACAGGAAACAUCCACGUGUACACCAACCAGGGAGCCUCCUACUCUCAGUUCUAUCAGCCUCGUCGUCGACGUGCUUAUGAAAGGCGCGAGGAGGUGGUGGAAGACAACCAGAGUCAGAACACCUUCACAGCGCUCCUGCAGCUUCUCCCCGUGCUUGUGCUAAUCCUCAUAUCAGUGUUUACUCAGAUGAUGGCCAGUACCCCACCCUUCAGUCUCUUCUAUAAGCCGGCCUUGGGGCUGGUGGUGUCCAGGGAAACUCAGCACAUGGGCGUACCGUACUACGUGGAUAAAAGUUUUGAGAAGGAAUACCGCGGAACUGCGCUGGAUGAACUCGAGCAAACAAUUGAGAGUGACUAUAUUGAACAUCUGCAGAACAGCUGCUGGAAAGAGAAACAGCAGAAGUCCGACUUGGCAAACCUCGGACAACUCUACCGUGAUGAGCGUUUGAAGCAGAAGGCCGAGUCCAUGAGGCUGGACAACUGUGACAAGCUGCAUCGACUGGUCGGCCGUCAGAGAGCCAAAUGAGGACUGUUUCGAGAGCACAGCACGUUUCUUUACAGACUUUACAACAGUGCAUAUUACUGAAGUGUGUAAUUUAUCCAAUCUGGCCACUUUGUAAAGAAAUCUCCGUGGGUACAGCGCAGUCAGUGGGAGAUGAUGCCACUGGAAACAAUGUGCCUUCUCUCCUGUUGGAUGGUAGAAAUGAAGAGUUGCAUGUGGGCUGUCUGAUGGUAGCAGCAUUGCGUGCAGACUCACUGUUGCAGUGCGUAUGAUGUGUCGGAGCCUUUAAACUUUCUUAUAGAAACGGCACGACACACGAGUCUCCCUUUGGGGUUCUGAAAGCAGUUGUAUGUUCACACACACACAUGUUUUAUUUGUUUAGAUUUAGUUGUUAUUUAUUGUCUUGAAUGUUUUUUGUGUUCUCAAUUAAAUCUUAGGUAUUUAUUUAAUAGUUAACUGAGUGAAUGUUACUACUGAGCAUCUUGGCUCACGUUAUUUUUCAGUAGGAAGUAACUAAGAACAAUAAUUUAAAUAAGAUGAUCGUCUUAAAAGAAAUGGGAGAGCUUCUGUACUGUGACGUGACAGAGGAGUCAAAUCAGACGGUGGUUAAUCGGGCAAUUUGACUUUUGGCACCAUAGAAAUAAAGGAGCACACAGUAGAGAAACAUUUUACAAAAAGCAACCACAUAUUUCUGAUGUAUUUUGCCCAAAAAACUGAGCUUUCUUCUACAGUAGAGCUUCCUGCUCCUCGCACGACUGCUUCCAUACGCGUUCGGCUGUUCAGCUUCUUCCAUUGGAGAACGUUUCGUUUAUAGGUUCAAGUUUGAGAAAUGACUGUUGUGUGUCGUUAGAAGAGGCUGUUAUGGAGACUUACUUUUGAUCUGGCACAAGCAGCUUGGUUCAGCCAAAAUGCCCCCCCCCCCCCAAUGCAAUACCUUCCUUUCAGUAACCAGUCAGAAGUUAACAUAGUGCGCCAGGAGAAAAGCUUUGCAUGUCAAAUUUCUAAAUAUUUUAUAAACCCUGCACCUUUUUAUUUAUAUAAUUUUUUAUAUAAAAAAAGAGAGACUGUGUUUUAAAAUCCGAACAGUAUUAACAGUCAGUCCCGCAGCUAGAACUGUGAGGUUUACUAACUUUGUGAAGCUGUUAAUUCUUUAAAUCAAACCCUCAACAGACAUGAAGACUGGUCGCUGUGCACUACGACUGCCAAACUGCCUUAGCUGUUCUCGUAUUUGUGAAAGAUUCAGGUUCAUCUCAAGCACUUUUACGUUCAUAGUUAACCCUGUGUUCCAUGUCAUGACUGUUGCAUGCAUCCUUGUGAGAGAGUGUUAUUAGUUGCAUAUUUAUUUUAUUGUUUCGGUGAACACACAGACACACACAUGACUACUGACACACUAAAUGUUACUAAGAGAGUAUUCAGGGCCACAGUAACUCACAGACAUGUCAAACUGUAACUGUGAUAUACACACAGACACACACACACAGAUCAGGUUUUGGUAUCAGUCAGUGUUGUUGUACACUUAAACCAAAAGUACCAGACAAUUAAACGUGUAUCCAGAAUGUG